GCAGCGAUGCCCCUUAUGGUGGAGAGGACGUUGUGUUAUUUACGACGGGCUUCUACUGGAUAAGCGGAAUAGCGUUCACAGUGUGGUGUGUGGGCACCGGGAUGAAAUGCAUUGUGACGUCGGAGUUCAGUCCUGAAGCUGUUCUGCAAGACAUAGAGAGAUACAAGCCCACCUGUGUAGGAAUGCCGUCCAACCACUGGGUGCUGCUGGUUCGCCAUUCUCCAGAAGGUCGGUUGCGGUCGACUCUAUCUCAGGUGCGCGUGUGCAUCACGGGAGGGGCCGCUCUCAACGCUAGGGCCCAAAGUUGGAUUGAGGGACGCACGGGCCGACCGCUGAAGCAGUGGUACGGCCAGACGGAGGCCUUCCCGGCCUGCAACGUCCUCCUCAGCCACUCGCCUCCGCCACCCGGCUCUGUGGGUCGCCUCGAUCCAGGGGUACAGGCCAAGGUGGUGGACUUGGCGACCGGGAAAUGUCUCGGUCCAGGAGUCGAUGGCGAGCUGUGCUUCAAAGGAUGGACCGUCGUCAAAGACUUCGCAGACGAGGAGGGCUGGAUCCACAGUGGAGACGUGGGCCACUACGACGCUGAUGGCAACUUUUACGUCGUCGAUAGAAUAAAGGAACUCGUCAAAUACCGCGGGGUCCAUGUGUCGCCGUCAGAGCUGGAGGCGUGGCUGCUGGGACACCCGCAGGUGACGGAGGCGGUGGUGCUGGGCCUGCCACACGAUGAGGACCAGGAACACCCAGCAGCUUUCGUCGUGCUGGCCCAAGGCGCCACCGUCACACCCGACGAACUGAAGCAACUGGUCCAAGAGAAAGCUUGUGGCAGCGAGGAGAAGCUGCUACGUGGGGGCGUGUUCGUAGUGGAUUCCAUCCCUCGCCUGCCUACGGGCAAAGUGAGCAGAGGUCAGCUGCGAAGCAGUCUUCAGGAGAGAAUCACAAAGGAGGUCUAGCCACACAUCAAGCUUAGCAGCUGCCAUCUGCUAGUGUUUACUGCACACUACACACUAAAUUACAUUACUAUGCUACAUACCUAUUUACCUAUUUCAUUUACAGCUUUCUUUGUAUGGUGGUAUAACGCUACAUCAUAAAUAAACUCAAAAUAGCUUUGUUAAUGAGAAAUGUAUC